GACACCAACAUUCUCAAAAAAAAAAAAAAAAAAAGCCAAGAUGAUUUCCCUCGCACAAGCUCCUCCGCUUCUCCACGGACGACUCCACCAUCUCCCUACCAAACGUCGAAGUCCGUUCACCGUCCGAUCAUCAUCGACUCUCCAAGAGAUCAACAAGGCGGAGGAGAGGGAGCUGAGGCCGGAGCUUUACGCGUCGGUUCCGUUCCCUCCGAUAAAGGCGGCGAAGAGGGUGGUGCUGGUGAGGCACGGGCAGAGCACGUGGAAUGAGGAAGGUAGGAUCCAAGGGAGCUCUAACUUCUCGGUUUUGACUAAGAAAGGUGAAGCUCAAGCCGAGACUUCCCGCUAUAUGCUCAUCGAUGACUCUUUCGAUGUUUGCUUCUCCAGCCCUCUCAUUCGUUCAAAAAGAACAGCUGAAAUCAUAUGGGGAAUUCGAGAGGAAGAGAUUAUAACAGAUUCCGAUUUGAGAGAAAUUGAUCUUUAUUCAUUUCAAGGCCUCUUAAAGCAUGAGGGAAAAGCAAAGUUUGGUCCAGCUUAUCGCCAGUGGCAGGUUGAUGCUGCAAAUUUCAACAUUGAUGGUCAUUAUCCGGUCAGAGAGUUGUGGGGACGUGCCAGAAAUUGCUGGACUAAAAUCCUUGCUCAUGAAAGCAAGUCUGUUCUUGUGGUUGCUCACAAUGCUGUUAAUCAGGCUCUAGUUGCAACAGCAAUAGGACUGGGAACAGAAUACUUUAGGGUUUUACUUCAGAGUAAUUGUGGUGUAAGUGUGCUUGAUUUCACCCCACGGAUUGAGGGAGGGUCUCCAUAUAUCUGUCUUAAUCGUUUAAAUCAGACACCAAGUUCACCUGUUGCUACUGGGAGCUCUGGAGGAAGAAAGACCAGCAAGCGGAUCAUACUCAUUUGUCAGGGAUCCACACAGGAUACAGAGCCUAGUUUGUCCAACUCAGGUGAUCAGCCAAUGAACAUGCUUGGGGUUAUACAGGCCCAGAAAAAUGCAGAGUUGCUUCUUGAUCUGAAAGUGAGUGCCAUAGUUAGCAGCCCAUCGAAUGCCUGUGCUGAGACAGCCACAAUUAUCUCCAGAGUGCAAGAGGCUGCUGAUUGCUUGGGUGCUGAUUGUGUGCCUCGUUAUGUAGAGAUGAAGAAUAUACAGGACCUUGAUGUUGCAGAAAUCCUUCGGCAAUCAACAAAGGACACAAUUGAUGUUUCAUCUCUACGCCCUGGUUGGUUAAAUGGAUUAGACGAUGGAGUCAUGUCAACACUAUGGGAGCAAUCUGGGCGAGCCUGGAGUUCGUUGUUGACAGAACUAUCCAACGAAUCUGAGAAAGAAAAGAUCGUUGUUGCUGUUGGUCAUCCCUCAGUGUACGUAGCAAUGAUGGGACACUGCCUAAAUCUGACAAAAGAAUGGCUAGGAUCAUUCCAUCUUGAUGCGGGGAGCGUCAGUGUAGUAGAUUUCCCUGACGGCCCUACUGGUAGAGGCAUCAUACGGUGCAUAAACUACACUGCCCAUCUAGGGAGAUGGUCUAUACCAAUUACAAGAUCAACAGUGGAUGAUGAAUCGUUUUAAUUGUGAAUAUGUAUAGAUCUGACAUAUCUCGUAAAGCUUCUUGAAAUACUCGUGAUGUAUAUUGUUUCAAUUUGUUCAGUAAGAAUGGAAAACGUUUUACUUCACUGUAA